AUGCAUAUAAAACAUAUUUGAAUAUUUGAUACGACGUUGUAUAAUUGCAUCACUGCAAUUAAGUCAGAGAUGUUAUUAAAAAAUGUGUCAAAAACAUAUGUUCAAAUAAAUUUAACAAAAUACAUUUCAACUGAAAUGUAAAUAAAAACAAUUUACGGACACGAAAUUAAAAGUUCAAAUUAAUCCAGAAAUAAUGGCAGAAAAUCAGCAAAUAUCUGAAACUAAGGAAUCAACAUCAACCAACCAAAAAGAUGAGAAAUCUGAUCCUCCACUAUUUCCAGCGAAACCAGGAAAGAAACCAAACUAUGGCACAAAUAAUACGUUAGAAUUGCUUGAAAAAAUACCUAGUAAAAUAGUCGAUUUAAAAUUGGAUGAAGUGUUAACCGCAGUUAAGACAGUUGACAAUAUGUGUGAUUUUCCGCGAUGCAAAACAAAAACAAGUUUAAUUGGUCAAGACUGUGAGCAUUGCCGCAAACGUUAUUGCUUUAAACAUGCAUUACCAGAAGUUCAUGGUUGCGGUGAGGCUAUUAAAAAAAAUGAGCGUACAAAAUUUUUGCACCCAACGCCUGCUCAAACUAAAAAACAAGAGAAAGACUUGGUGAAGGCAAAAAAGAAACUUCACGAAAAAUUGGAUGAAAUGCAAUUGCAACGCAAACAAAAGCCUGCUGGUACAAAUAGUAACAGUGGCAAAAAGAAGAAAGGGAAAUAAGUUAUAUAUUUUCAAAUAUCACCUCUCAACAAUAUAUUGAGAUUAUAUUUAAGCAUGAUAAUGUGGUAUUAGAUAGAUAUUAAAACCGCUUAUUGUAAAGUUUAAAUAACUUCAACAGUUAUCUAAGCGCAUUUACAAAUUUGAUUUAACACAAAUGUC